GAUAGGGUUUCUUCUUGAAAGAUGAUCCAAUCUUGGAAUAAUUAUAGGCAAAUUUGUAUUAUUUUUGUUAAAUUAGGUUACAAUCUAAGUUAUCUUGUUCUCGUAUUCAUUUUCUAUAUAAGGGUUUGGAAGAACCGCCAAUGGGAGCUUGAUUUUGAAGUUACUGCUGGGCGACUAAGCCUAAGGAAUUUUCACAAUGGAUCUUAGUCAAGGAGGCGAAAAUCCUUCACAAGCAGAAUCUGAGAUUAUCAACAAUUCUGAUGUUAACGGAACUCCAACUCGAAAAUAAGCAAAUGCCACAAAGCCAAAAAGAAAGCUAACAUCUGAUGUCUGGGCUGAUUUUGAUCAAGUAGAAGAGGCCGAUCCAGAAAAUCCUGGGAUGACUAUAAAGUGGGUUGUUUGCAAACACUGUGACGAAAAGAAAAAAUCAGGUGGCAAUGCAGGAACCUCCCACCUAAGAAGCAUACAAAUAGCUGUUUGAAGAGACGCAAGAUCACAAAUUCACAUACCACACUAGUUCUAAAUGGUCAAGGUAAAUUAACCACCUUUAAAUUUAAUCAAGCUAGGGCUAGGAGAAAUAUCCUCAAGUUAAUUAUCUUAAGGGAGCUCCCUUUUCAAUUUGUUGAAGAUCCUAUUUUCCAGUGGUGCGUCAAUGAGGGUUUUCACCCCGGUUUUGUUAAGUUUUCUCGUAAUACUUUAAGAACUGAUUUAUACAAGUGUUAUCAAGAGGGAAAGCAACAGUUGAAGAAUAUGCUCCUUGAGAUUCCUGGUACAAUUUCGCUAACAUAUGAUAUAUGGCUUUCAAAACAGAGAUUGAGCUACUUGGGAAUUACUGCUCACUUCAUAGAUAGAAAUUGGAUGAUGCAGAAACGAAUCAUAACUUAUGCUUUAACUGAUACAUCUCAUGCCGGUGAAAAUAUAGCUGAUUUCAUUUUUCGAAAACUUGUUAAUGAUAGGGGUAUCUCAGAAAAAUUAUUUUCCUUAGCUAUGGAUAAUGCUAGUGCCAACACAGUCUCGGUUGAAAGAUUGAAAAAGUUAUUGCCUAACCUUCCAUCUAAGGGAGAUUUGUUUCAUGUUAGAUGUUGUUGCCAUAUUCUAAACUUGGUUUUCCAGGAUGGUUUAAAAGUUAAGGGUUUCACCGAUAUGCUUGAUCACAUGAAGAGUAGCUGGAAACAUAUUUUUAUGUCUGGUACAAGGUGUAUUCAGAUUUGAUUAUUGUGUGCUCACAUGGGUAUGAACCCUAAGAAAUUGCAGCUUGAUAUAAAACAUAGGUGGAACUCCACAUAUCUUAUGUUACAAGAUGCAAUUCCUUACCAGCAAGUGUUGUCGGCCUUUCUCAAUGAUCUGGCAUAUGCUCAUGCUAUUAUCGAUGCUGAUUGGGAACACGCUAAAUUGUUAUGUGCAUUUUUGAAGCCUUUUUAUGAUGCCACUAACGUUUUUUCUGGUGUUCAGUAUGUGACUAGUAAUUCAGUUCUUCAAUAUUUGUAUGAGAUUGGUAUGGUCUUCAAGAUUCACAAAGAUUACCCAUUUUUUAAAGAAACUAUUGUUGCCAUGGAGGCAAAGUUAUUUAAGUAUUGGGACACCACUCCGAUAUUAUUUGGAUUAGGGUCUAUUUUGGAUCCUCGUCUUAAUCUUAAAGGCGUGGAAAGUACUCUUUCUGAUAUUGAAGAUUGUUUUGGUACUUAUGCAUACUCAAUCUGGUGUAACGGCGACCAAAGUAGGUUAAUGGAUGCCAAACUGAGAAGUCUGUUCGCGAAGUACUCCAAUAUUUUGCAUGAUAAACAGGUAAACAUUAGUUCCAAUGUUCCUUCAACUUCCAUGGGUACUGUAGGGGCAUCUGUGGGUCAAAUACAUUCUGGAUCUUUAUCUGAAGGCUCUUCCACAUCAUCCGGAGGUGGAUUUUGGGCAGCUCGCAGAUUGCAGAAAAGGGACCCUCUCGCGACGUCGUCGGAAGAACUAAAUAGAUAUUAUGCGGAGCCUGAACCUGCUUUGACUGAUUUGGAAGAUUUUGAUGUCCUAGAUUGGUGGAAAAACAAUGAAAAGAGGUAUCCAGUGCUUUCUUGUAUUGCAAGCAUUUACAGUUGCCUCGGAGUCUGCCUUCUCUUCUGGAAAACGUAUAUUAGGUGAUUAUCGGAGCAAUUUAACCCCGGAUAUGUUGGAGUGUUAAGUCAUUCUGAAAGACUGGUGGAAGGCUGAGAUGAAAGAAAUUUAUAAGCCUUUUGAUCCUUUGAAUGACGACAUUACACCAGUAGAUGAAGUUGAACUGUUGGCCAUUUAAUCUAGUGGUAACUGCUUUCCCAAGCAGGUGAAUGGCUUGAAGCUCUUUCCUUUAGCAUUUUGAGAAUAAAGUUGCAUGGACAACCACACAAGUAGAAGAAGACAGAGGCAUGCAUAUCAAUUUUUUGAAUCACUAUGAAACAUUUUCUUUUAAAUUUUAUUGCUUUGAUUUUGAUUUAGACUAU